CCUCUGAGUCGUCCCGCGUACCCUCUGGCUCGAAAGCUGGACACGCUGACCCUGGUUCAGGAAAACUUGUCAGCCGCCGACACCCGGCUCCGAGAAGGCACCGCGGAACCUGGGACAGCUCCGGACCGAGACCCACCCAGCACGCCAAAGCCGGCGCGCGUCACUGGCCACCAUCAUGUCCAGCCCCGAGGUCAAUGCCUCCGCCUCCUCGGCUCCGGACCGGCUGAACAGCCCGGUGACCAUCCCCGCGGUGAUGUUCAUCUUCGGGGUGGUGGGCAACCUGGUGGCCAUCGUUGUGCUGUGCAAGUCUCGCAAGGAGCAGAAGGAGACCACCUUCUACACGCUGGUGUGCGGGCUGGCCGUCACCGACCUGCUGGGCACGUUGCUGGUGAGCCCGGUGACCAUCGCCACGUACAUGAAGGGCCAGUGGCCCGGGGACCAGGCGCUGUGCGACUACAGCACCUUCAUCCUGCUGUUCUUCGGCCUGUCGGGCCUCAGCAUCAUCUGCGCCAUGAGCAUCGAGCGCUACCUGGCCAUCAACCACGCCUAUUUCUACAGCCACUACGUGGACAAGCGGCUGGCCGGCCUCACGCUCGUCGCCGUCUACGCGUCCAACGUGCUCUUCUGCGCGCUGCCCAACAUGGGCCUCGGCCGCUCCGAGCGCCAGUACCCCGGCACCUGGUGUUUCAUCGACUGGACCACCAACGUGACGGCCUAUGCCGCCUUCUCCUACAUGUACGCCGGCUUCAGCUCCUUCCUCAUCCUCGCCACCGUGCUGUGCAACGUGCUGGUGUGCGGCGCGCUGCUCCGCAUGCACCGCCAGUUCGUGCGCCGCACGUCGCUGGGCACCGAGCAGCACCACGCGGCCGCCGCCCUGGCCUCGGGGACGUGCCGGGUUCACGCGGCCUCCGGCCCGGCCCUGCCGCGCCUCGGCGACCUCCGGAGGCGCCGGAGCUUCCGCCGCAUCGCCGGAGCCGAGAUCCAGAUGGUCAUCUUACUCAUUGCCACCUCGCUGGUGGUGCUCAUCUGCUCCAUCCCGCUCGUGGUCCGAGUAUUCAUCAACCAGUUGUAUCAGCCAAGUGUGGUGAAAGAUAUCAGCAGAAACCCGGAUCUGCAGGCCAUCCGCAUCGCUUCGGUGAACCCCAUCCUGGACCCCUGGAUAUACAUCCUUCUGCGGAAGACGGUGCUCAGUAAAGCCAUAGAGAAGAUCAAAUGCCUCUUCUGCCGCAUCGGCGGGUCGGGCCGAGAGCGCUCUGCCCAGCACUGCUCGGAGAGCCGGAGGACAUCCUCGGCCAUGUCCAGCCACUCCCGCUCCUUCCUCUCCCGGGAGCUGAAGGAGGUCAGCAGCACUUCUCAGACCCUCCUUUACCUACCCGACCUGAGUGAAAGCAGCCUUGGGGGCAGGCGUUUGCUUCCAGGCGUGCCUGGCAUGGGCGUGACCCAAACAGACACCACCUCGCUGAGAACUUUGAGAGAAUCCGAGACCUCGGACUCCUCCCAGGGCCAGGAGAGUGUCUUGUUGGGGGACGAGGCUGCUGGGCCGAGCAGGAAUGGGCCUGCCCCCAAGGGGAGUUCCCUGCAAGUCACCUUUCCUAGCGAAACCCUGAACUUGUCUGAAAAAUGUAUAUAGUACUUUAGGAAAGAGAAAAACAAAAACGCAGCUGUCUUGGGAACCUUAUGAAAUCCUGUGCAAUAGACACACAGUGGGGUUCUUCUGGGCUCAGAAGGGCUGGCUUGGUCCUGCGGCUCAUCGGAGAAAUCCCGGCUUGUGAGAUGAUUUCCAGGAGCCCCCACACCCCCCUUCCCGGCCUGAAGCACACGGACUGCCCGCCGGUUGCUGGGACUGAGGAGCGCAGUCACACCUGGAUGCCUGGGAGGAGCUACCCCCCUGUUUUUCUACUGGACUGGAAGAUGGCAGAAGCUAUUUUCGUAGUUAUCAAUAACUUUAUAUUUGACACACAAACACACACCAGGGGCGCAGAUACUGGAAGUGCUGUAUUCCCGUGAACUUUGAAGGACUACCUGAUGGCUGAUUUCAGUGUCUCACUAAAGCAUGAAAUGUGAAUUUUUAUUGUUGUAAAUGUAAUUUAAGGUAUUUAAAAUAUGUUCUUCUCCGUGAGAAGGUUUGUUGUUAAUACAAGGUAUAAUAAAAGUAUAAGCCCUCUCCUGCCAGUAUAAUCAGCUGAGGUUGCAAAUGUUAGGGUUUUU